UUUGUAAAUUCAAAAUUUUAUUUUUUGAUGCAUAUUCUGCCAAACUAACAUAUUUAUUUAUUUUUAAAUUAAAAAACAAGUUCUAAAAACUCAGCCAAGCAUUGGUUUUCCUUUUUCCAUGGCGUUAUUUGUUCAACCAUGGCCCAUCUUCUUGUCUAUAAACUACUUAGGUCUGCAAGCCUGCUUUUUGCGGGUAUUUAUGAAAAUUAAGUUAAAUAAUGUAUGUAUUUUUCCUUUAGCUCAAAUUUUAAACUGUGUUGUGUAUUGUAUCUUCGUAGCAAUGGCAGCGGGGCUUCCGUUUCUCAAUCCCUACAAGAGCACUGAUGAUGCAGACUUUAGACAUGGAGUCAAUUUCGCAGUGGCUGGCUCUACUGCAUUACCAACCGAGAUUCUUGCUAGCGAGAACAUUUUAUCUCCAGUAACUAACAGCUCACUUAGUGUCCAACUUGGUUGGAUGUCCACACAUUUUAAUUCUACUUGCAAAACAAGAGGAGGUUGGUGUGUCAAUCAAAUUAAAUACCUGAGCUUUUUUCUUAAACAAAGUACUUAUUGUGUGGAAAAACUUAAAAACUCGCUCUUUAUGGUUGGAGAAAUUGGAGGGAAUGAUUACAACUAUGCGCUACUUCCAGGCAAAAGCAUCGAAGAAGUAAAGAAAAUUGUUCCCAAUGUUGUCGAAGCUAUAAAGAAUGCUGUUAGACGUGUCAUACAUUAUGGUGCUGUGAGAGUGAUUGUCCCUGGAAACUUUCCGAUAGGUUGUUUUCCAAUCUAUCUUACCAGAUUCCAAACUAACGACACUGCAGUAUAUGAUGAAGAUCAAUGCUUGAAGGAACUAAAUGAUUUUUCCAAAUACCACAAUGAUAAUUUACGACGUGCUAUCAAAGAUUUGAAGAACGAGUUCCCCAAUGUGGUCAUAGUAUUAUUUACGAUUAUCUUAAUUUUUUGUUUUGUUAUGUUGUAUACAGGAUUUGAUGUCAUGUCUCUACAAAAAGCUUGUUGCGGAAUUGGAGGUAACUACAACUUCAGUCUUACGAGGAUGUGUGGAGCUGGUCUUCCGGUUUGCUCUAAUCCCAAUCAACACAUCAGUUGGGAUGGAGUUCACUUGACGCAAGAGGCUUACAAGUUCAUGACUGGAUGGCUUAUUCGUAACAUGUUACACAAGCUUCAGUGCAGUGUUUAAUUGCCAAGUAGUUUAUAAUGUUAGGUACUUGUUUUUAGGAUGAUUUGUUUUUUUGUUAUUGUCAACUUUAUUAGAUUUUUGUUAGGAGUUUAUGAUUUGAUCAAUUGGAUUUGGCAUUGGCAUUAACAAUAAUAUUUCACAGUAAAAACAUAUAUUCACAUUGCUGCAUCUUCACAUCUUAGAAAGUAUUGAAGUAGUAGUGAAUAU